CAUGACCACUAAUUAUAAGCUAACUGAACGCACGGUUAUCAAAAUAAAUUGAAAUAUAAAUUAAUUUAUAAAAAUGAGUUCAAAUCGCGUCAAAACUCGUGAAACAAAAUCAGGAGAAAUCAUAGCCUACAGUGAAUCAGCUGUUAGACAAAAUCUAAUUAAUGUAGAAUAUGUGAAAACGUCAUUAGCAUCUCUUGCCGGUUGUACCGCAGGUAUUCUUGGACUCACUGGACUCUUGGGCUUUAUCUUUUAUUUGGUAUCACUUCUCGGUUUCUUUGGCCUUCUCAUUGUCAAAACAGGAUCAAAUUGGCAAAAAUAUUUCAUAUCCAGAAAAUCAUUAUUGACAAAUGGAUUCUUGGGUGGACUCUGCACAUACACGCUGUUUUGGACAUUUAUUUAUGGUAUGGUUCAUGUGUAUUAAAAUAAAUUAUAACAAAUUUUUGUCCGGUGUAAGAAAUAUAAGUAAAUAAAUAAAAAUUAUUCAAACAACCAUGAAUAAAAA